AUGCUAACAAACUGUACACUGGCGGAUCCUCCUGCACAAGCACCAACACACACACCACCAACCCACAAUCAGCAGCAGCAGCAGCAGCAGCAAGGGCAGCAGCAAGAGCAGCAGCAAGAGCAGCAGCAGCAGCAGCAAGAGCAGCAGCAACAGCAGCAGCAACAGCAGCAGCAAGAGCAGCAGCAGCAGCAGCAACACAAGCAAUGCUACAACAGAAAACAGUACCCACAACAACAGCAACAGCAGCAGCACCAACAGCAGCAGCACAACGACAACUAG